AUGUCAAAAACAACUUCUUUUGCACUCAUCACUGGCUGCAGCAGUGGAAUCGGAAAAAAGCUCGCGAUCGCAUUUGCAGAAAGGGGAGUUACGGUUCUCGCCACAGCACGGCGCACCGAAUCCCUCAGUGAACUAACAAGCAAGUUCAACAACAUCGAAGCUUUUCCCUUGGAGCUCGGCAACCUCGCAAGUAUCGACGAACUUAAGGAAACUGUAUCCAAGCGUACCGGUGGCCGCUUGGACUUCCUAGUCAACAACGCGGGGACACACUACGCGUCAACCGCAAUGGAUGUGCAGAUGGAAGAAGUCAUCCAGCUCUUUCAAGUCAACGUCUUUGCUGUCAUGCGCAUCUGUCAGGUUUUUGUGCCACUGCUUCGCCGCUCAAUUCGUGGGCGUAUUGUGCAGAUUGGCAGUGUGACGCGGGACAUUCCUGUCGUAUGGCAAGGGGCAUAUAAUGCAUCCAAGGCUGCCCUUAGUCAGUAUUCUAAGACACUUCGAUUGGUGAGAACAUCAUGUAUUGCCAUAUUCCACAAUUAUCUGACCGAUGAGUAG